AGGAAGUUGCCAGCAAGCAAGAUUAAGGAUAAUCCGAAACACUACUGCAGGCGUGAAAUUUGCUGCCCAGAUACCAGGUUUCAGUGUCCUACACCCUGAGGACAAGGCGUUCCUCUGCAGGAACGUGACAUUCAUGUCCACUCUGCUGAUGGCGGUCCACAAGCUGUACGGCCCUGAGGAGACCAACUUUCAGCACUUCUGGAGCUGGAAUGUCUCAGCCAGGAAUCCCUUCUACCCGUUCAGGCAGCAACUGAUGGAGGUGGGAAAGAAAGUGCACACGGCCAAUAUGGACGUGUAUGAAGUUGCCGUGCUGGCAGCCGUGUUGUUUAUGGCCUCAGACUUCUCUGACCUGGCAUACCCAGAGGCCAUUGAGGAAGGUCGCAGAAAGCUUAUCGCAGCCCUGAAGUCAUACGAGCUUACCAAGGUCUUGAACGUAAAGUCGCGGCUGUCAGAGUUAUUUGCCCUUGUCCCGGAGAUCCGCCAUCUUGGAAUGUGGCACCAAGAGCUCAUGAAGCAGACGAGAAUCAACGUCCAGAUACAGGAAGUCAGUCAGAUCUUUGACACCGUACACUUCCGAGAAAGCUAGGAAAUAUCGUCUAUAUGUUUUGGGCAAAAUUCGAUUUUCAUUGGUGGAGAUUUAGAAAAAAGAAAUCAUCUGGUUGGACUAUUAAAUAUCAAUACCAGUAUUGUUUAAUUUGGGGCAAGAUAAAAACGUAAUCAUUCUGAUUAAAAAAAAUAAUUGUGAUUGUUAUUGGUUCAGAGUGAUAUAUAAGGAGAAAUCAUGUAGUUUGACAAUGUUAUAUCUUUGCCAACACCAUGCAUUUCAAGGAAAGUUAAAAUGUAACACCUCUGAUUGGACAUUAUUUAAUUUAUUUUCUUUAGUAGAGAGUAACACACAUAAAACAGCAGAUUGUAGAAAGUUCUAUCAUAGUUCUCAAUGCUGGUAAAGUCAAGAAAAUUAAUCAAUAACU